AUGCUCAACAUGUCGCGUUGCAUUCGUCACCGUGGUCCCGACUGGUCCGGCUGUGUCGUCACACAGGAGGAAGGCUCCAAAGGCUCCAUUCUCUGCCACGAGCGUUUGGCCAUCGUCGGUAUCUCGACAGGUGCUCAACCCCUCGUCUCCACCGACGGCAAGCUCAUCCUCGCCGUCAACGGUGAGAUCUACAACCACAGGCAGCUCCGCAAGAGCCUCAAGGACCAGAACGCAGAAUUCAAGACAGAGUCCGAUUGCGAGGUUAUCUUGCACCUCUACCGCGAGCACGGCUCCGACUUUGUCAAGAUGCUCGACGGCAUGUUCUCCUUCAUCUUGCUAGACACCACCACCACCCCACACCGAGUCAUCGCUGCUCGCGAUCCCAUCGGUAUCACCACAUUGUACCAGGGCGCUUCCUACAAGUACCCUGGUGCCAUCUACUUUUCCUCCGAGCUUAAGGCCAUCCACGAGGAGUGCGACCGCAUCCGAUCUUUCCCUCCCGGCCACUUUUACGACUCGUCCCUCCCCGAAGGUAAGGAGACCGUCCGCUACUACAACCCCAACUGGCUCGAUGGCGAUGCAGAGGGUGCCGAGAUCCCCGCCAACCCCACCGACCUCAAGCAGAUCCGCGAAGCACUCGAAAAGGCCGUCCGCAAGCGUCUCAUGUCCGAGGUCCCCUACGGUGUGCUCUUGUCCGGCGGUCUCGACUCGUCGCUCAUCGCCUCGAUCGCCGCGAGAGAGACCGACAAGAUGGCCGAUCUUCAGCGCAAGCAGUGGGAGGAGCGACAGGCCCGCCGCGCGCGCGGCUUGACCACCCCGGCUGGCGAUGCCAACGGUACCAAGCUCCCCGUAGGCCUCGACGAGGAUGCCGACAACGAAGUCGAGAACCUUGCCGCUUGGCCACGACUCCACUCCUUCUCCAUCGGCCUUCCCGGCUCGCCCGACUUGCUGGCCGCCCGCAAAGCAGCACAAUUCCUCGGAACCGUCCACCACGAGUACACCUUCACCGUUCAGGAGGGUCUCGACGCCAUCGCCGACGUCAUCUUCCACCUCGAGACCUACGAUGUCACCACCGUUCGCGCCUCUACCCCCAUGUACCUGCUCUCGCGCAAGAUCAAGGCCAUGGGUGUCAAGAUGGUUCUCUCCGGUGAGGGCUCCGACGAGAUCUUUGGUGGCUACCUCUACUUCCACGCUGCGCCCGACAAGACCUCGUUCCACCAGGAGUGCGUUCGCCGUGUCAAGAACCUCCACACCGCCGACUGCCUGCGUGCCAACAAGAGCACAAUGGCAUGGGGUCUCGAGGCUCGUGUCCCCUUCCUCGACAAGGCCUUCCUCGACGUUGCCAUGAACACCGACGCUGCCGACAAGAUGUUCAGCAAGGGUUCGCUCCAACAAGUCGAUGCCGACGGCCGUCCCCGCAUGGAGAAGUACAUCCUGCGAAAGGCGUUCGACGUCAUCCCCGACGACGUCGAGGCUGGCGGCGACGGUACCGGCAGCAUGCUCUCCUCCUCCGCGCCUCGCAAGCCCUACCUCCCCGAAGACAUCCUCUGGCGUCAAAAGGAGCAGUUCUCCGACGGCGUCGGUUACUCCUGGAUCGACGGCAUCAAGGAUCACGCCGAAAAGGCCAUCUCGGACGAAAAGUUCGCCGAACGCGCCAAACGCUACCCGAUGGACACCCCGGACACAAAGGAGGCCUACAUGAUCCGCGAGAUCUUCGAGAGCUGGUUCCCCUCGGACGCCGCCGCUUCCACCGCCGUGCGCUGGAUCCCAAGAGCCGACUGGGGCUGUGCUGCCGACCCCUCGGGACGUGCCGUCAAGAUCCACGAAUCGGCCUACUCUGCCGACGAGUAA